UCCUAAUUUUCAUUAGGGGACACUCUUUGGCUUUACACUUUUAUGGGUUUUGACAAAUGGCGUAAUUCAUGUAUCCACCGUUAUCAUAUCAUGCAGAAUAAUUUCUCUGCCCUAAAAUGCCUUUUGCUCCACCUAUUCAUCCCUAUCCCCCAUCCCUGAAGCCUUGCCACCUUUUUACUAUCUCCAUAGUUUUGCCUUUUCCAGAAUGUUUUAUAGUUGAAAUCAUAUAGUAUGUAGCCUUUUCAAAUUGUUUUCUUUUACUGAGCAAUAUUCAUUUAAGUUUCCACCAUGUUUUUUUGUGAUUUGAUAGCUCAUUUUUUCUUAUCGGUCAGUAAUAUUCCAGUGUAUGGAUGCUCUCUGGUUCACUGGUAUAGAAUUCUUACCUUCCAUGCAGGAGACAGAUAUUCGAUACUAGCUAAUCCACUUCAAGCACAGCCACCAUUGGAGGCUUGUGAGUUGCUGUGAUUCUGAACAAGCUUCAGCAGAGCUUCCACACUCGGACAGGCUAGGAAGAAAGGCCUGAUGAUCUACUUCUGAAAACUCAUCCAGUGGAAACCCUGUGACUCACGAGUCCGAUCCCAUGGGGUGGCCGUCAAUCAGUGGCUGACUCGACAGCAGCUGACAGCAACAGCAAGAUCGAUGCACCCCAGUUUGCAUAUCCAUUCACCUAUUGAAGGACAUCUUGGUUGCCUCCAAUUUCUGGCAAUUAUGAAAAAAGCUCUAGAUUUUUGUGUGGAAGUACACUUUCAGCUCAUUUUGGGUAAAUACCAAGGAGUGCAAUUGCUGGAUCAUAUGGACUCACUUGUCAUUGAGGAUGUGGCUGUGGACUUUACUCAGGAAGAGUGGACUUUGCUGGAUCUUCCUCAGAGGAAACUCUACAGAGAUGUGAUGAUAGAAACCUUGAGAAACCUGGCCUCAAUCGUUUCUCGAGACGUUAAUGAUGGAGGAAAAUUAUCUAAUGAACAUAUUACAGAGGAAAUCAUGAAGAAAACCACCUGGUUUUCCAUGUUAGGAGAAAUCUGCGAAUUGCAUGGCACUGAAGAUCAGCAUGAAAACCAAGGGAUACAUAUGAGACGGCAUGUGAUAGAGAACCUUUGUAAAAGUAGCAACGACAGUCACUGUGGGAGAACCUUAAACCAGAUUCCAGGUCUUACUGUGCUCCAAACAACUACUGAAUUAAAUGCUUUUGAAUGCCCUGAGUGUGGAAAAGCCUUCAUGGAUCAUUCAUCACUUAAGCAUAAUGUGAGAUCUCACACUGGAUGCAGUGCCUGUCAGUGUAAGGCACGUGGAGAAGCCUGCAGUUGUCCCUCUUCUGUACGCACUCCAGUGAAAACUCUUAAUGGAGAGAAACCCCGUAACUAUAAGGAACGUGGGAAAAGUUUCAUUUGUAUCUCAACUCUUACUAAUAGUGCAACAACACUCGCUGGAGAGAAAAUGUAUGAAUGUAACAAAUGUGGGGAAGUUUUCUAUAGUUUCUCAUCCUUUAAGACACAUGUGAGAGGUCAUACAUUUGAAUGUAAAGAAUGUUGGAAAACCAGUGCUCAUCCCUCAACCAUCACUUUGCAUCAAAAAUUUCAUAGUGGAGAGUGCUCUUAUGAAUCUAAAAAACGUUUGGAAACCUUUAGUUGUGCCACAUCCCUCACUGAACACAUAACUCACACUGGAAAGAAACAUUUUGAACAUUCAGGAUGUGCAGAGUUUUUUCGUCAGUCCCCAAACAUCAAUAAUCAAAUAAGAACUCAUGGUGGAGAGAAGUCAUAUGAAUGUAAACAAUGUGGGAAAGUCUUCAGACAACCCUCAUAUCUCUCUAGACAUAUAAGAAUUCACAGUGGAGAGAAGCCUUAUCACUGUAAGAAAUGUGGGAAAGCCUUUAGUCAAUUUUCAAAUCUCACUAGACACGUAAGAACUCACGGUGGAGGGAGGCCAUUUGAAUGUAAGAAAUGUGGGAAAGCAUUUAGUGAUGCCUCAUCCCUCACUAUACAUAAAGUAACUCAUAGUGGAAAGAGGCCAUUUGAAUGUAAGGACUGUGGGAAAGCCUUUAGUAGGGCCUCAUCUCUCACUAUACAUAAAAGAACUCACAGUGGAAAGAGGCCAUUUGAAUGUAAGGAAUGUGGGAAAGUGUUCAGUUGGGCCUCAUCCCUCGCUACACAUAUAAGAACUCACAGUGGAGAGAAAUUACAUGAAUGUAAGCAGUGUGGGAAAGUCUUCAGUGUAUCCUCUCACCUCACUAGACAUGUAAGAACUCACAGUGGAGAGAAGCCUUAUGAAUGUAAGGAAUGUGGGAAAUCUUUCAGUCAGUCCUCAUCCCUCAUUAAACAUGUAAGAAUUCACAGUGGAGAAAAGUCUUAUGAAUGUAAGGAAUGUGGGAAAUUCUUUAAUCAUUCUGCCUCCCUCGCUAUACAUGUAAGAACUCACAGUGGAGAUUGGCCAUUUGAAUGUAAGGAAUGUGGGAAAACCUUUAACUGGGCCUCAUCUUUCUCCAUACAUACGAGAACUCACAGUGGAGAGAAGCCUUAUGAAUGUAAGGAAUGUGGGAAAGCUUUUAGUCGGUCCUCAAACCUCACUAAACAUAAAAGGACUCACACUGGAGAUAAGCCUUAUGGAUGUAAGGAAUGUGGGAAAGUCUUUACUUGUUCCACAUCACUCACUAAACAUUUAAGAAUUCACACAGGAGAGAAGCCUUAUGCAUGUAAAGAAUGUGGGAAAGUCUUUCGUUAUUCUUUCUCACUCAGUAGCCAUAUAAAAAUGCACAGUGGAGAGAAGUCUUACGAAUGUAAGAAAUGUGGGAAAACCUUUAGUCAGUCCUCAUCCCUCACUAGUCAUAUAAGAAGUCACAGUGGAGAGAAGCCUUAUGAAUGUCAGAAAUGUGGGAAAGCGUUUAGUUAUUCCUCAUCCCUUACUAACCAUAUAAGAACUCACAGUGGAGAGAAGCCUUAUGAAUGUCAGGAAUGUGGGAAAGUCUUUGGUCAGACUAAUGUGCUCCUGACCCAUCUCCAUACUCACAGUGGAGAGAAGCCUUAUGAAUGUAAGGAAUGUGGGAAAGCUUUUAGUCGGCCCUCAAACCUCACUAAACAUAAAAGGACUCACACUGGAGAUAAGCCUUAUGGAUGUAAGGAAUGUGGGCAAGUCUUUACUUGUUCCACAUCACUCACUAAACAUUUAAGAAUUCACACUGGAGAGAAGCUUUAUGCAUGUAAAGAAUGUGGGAAAGUCUUUUCUCAGUCCUCAUCCCUCACUAGCUAUAUAAGAACUCACAGUGGAGAGAAGCCUUAUGAAUGUCAGGAAUGUGGGAAAGCGUUUAGUUAUUCCUCAUCCCUUCUAACAUAUAAGAACUCAAUGGAGGGAAGCCUUAUGAAUGUCAGGAAUGUGGGAAAGUCUUUGGUCAGUCCUCAUCUUUCAGUAAAUGUAGAAGAACUUGCUGUGGAGGGUCUUUAGUCAUCCCUCAUCCCUCGUUAGCUAUAUAAGAACACACAGUGCUCUGAAGCCUUAUAAAUGUCAGGAAUAUGGGAAAGCAUUUAGUCAGUUGGUACAUCUCACUAAUCAUUUAACAACCCACAGUAAAGAGAAUUUAUAAGGAAUGUGGUAAAGCUUUUAGUCUUCAAAGCUCACUGAAUACACAGUAUUCACAAUGCAGAGAUACCUUAUGAAUGUAAGGAUUGUGUGACUCUAGGCAUUCCUCAUUCUUUGCUACAUGUCUGAGAGCUCACGGUGGAAGAGAGCUUAUGAAUGUAAGGAAUGUGGAAAAGUCUUUAGCUAUUAUUCCUUCUGUAAACAUACUAACAGUGGAGUCCUUACGUUUGUAAGGAAUAUGGGAGAGUUUUAAGAUGGCCCUAUCCUUUGGAGCACACGAGUAAGUAUAUUGAAGAGAAACAGUACAUUGUAUAUAUGAUGAUGUUGAGUAGUUUUCAUCCCUUUUUACAACUCUUGGUAUUUUAUUUGUUUUCACCUUUCCUUGGAUGAAAACCAAUAUUUUUAACAGCAUCAGGAUUAUACCGUAUGUUUAGUGUUGUAGUGGACCUGUUUUCUAUUGCAUCCCGUUUAUUCUCUCUGCUACUAUCGUGAUCUCUGGUUUACCAAUAAGGAAACUGUACAGAAAGUUUUAACCCAGAAUCAACCCACAGAAGUACUGCUGUCUCACAUGGUGGUAUUAAAAGCAGUGUUUGCAUGGAAGGAUGGAUCAUUCUGAGGUCCCAAGGCCAUGGUGGGCCUCCACAGAGCCCAGCCUAGCAUAGCUGCAGUGGAGCUUCCAUCCUGCAUGGGCACCAAGCCUGUUCUUACUGACAGAGUCCCUGUUUUAGUAGUUCUGACAAAGUGUAUGCUAGGCCAAGAUAUGAAGCUGCGGGUGCUUGUCUGAGCUGCAGUAAUGGAUGCUGCUACACCUGGUGUGCACACCUACUGUAGGACCUGGAGAGUUGGGAGUUUCUGUAUUAAUGGGAGUAGACACGGGAAUGUUGGUCCUGGAAGUUUAUCUAACUACCACAUGCUGAACUGGGAGCUGCCUCACUGAUUCCUCAUGUAAGCAGCCUGGGAAAUGGUGACUGCAGGUAGCAGAAGCCUUCAAAUUAGACCUUUCCUUAAUGCAGCAGUUCCUCUUGUAGAGUCAUCCUAUGGAAAUUCCUGGAUAUCGUGAUGGUGCUUGUUAAUAGGAGUGAUAGAUGGUGGAUAGCAUGAGAGUCAGUAUCUGCCAGUAGGGGAGUUCAGUAAAUCCUUUACCACACAUCAGAACAUUUAAUUGCCACUAAAUGAGUUAUUUCCAGAAAUGUUUGAACUACGGGAAAAACUCUUUGCAUAAUGUGUGAAUGACAGGGUAUACACAUGAUGACAGUUUGUAAAGAUUUACACAUAAGUGUUUUACAUUUUAUAAGUGCCUACAAACCAGCUGAUACACAGUUCAUUCCAGAACAUUAACAAGGAUUCGCCUCCAAAGGUGAGAUUGUGAUUAAUUUUUCAUUUUGCUUCUCCCUAAUUUUCACUUUUUUUACAUUCAUUGUUCAUAGCAACUGUCCUUAUAGAUACUAUUCACUAUGUGGAUUUUUUAUUUUGGUUCCUUUCACUUAGCAUAGUAUCUUUGAGAGUCAUCCAUGUUGAUGAAUGUAUCAGAAGUUUUUUGUUUGGUACUAUUCUGUAGACAUACCACAGUUUGUGUAUUCACCAUUGGAGGACAGUUGUGUUUCCAUUUUUUAUGAACAAAGCUGAAAUAAAGUUUCUUGCAUAGAUUUUUAUGUGGGCAUAAAGUUUUCAUUUUUCUUGCAUAUAUCUGGGAGUGUGAUUGCUGUCAUAUGGUAGGUGUAUGUUUAUAAGAAACUGCCAGUCUUUUUUAAAGAUGUGCCAUUUUGUAUUCCUUCUAGCAAUGUGUAAUUACAGUUGCUUCUGACAUCUGGAGCAGAUGCUUUCUGAAGGAAUCUAGUACACGUUUCUCACUGGCAUCAGUGAAGGACAUUCAGGUGGGUGGCUCAUCUGACAAGCAGCCCCGCACUUGCUAAGGGGAGGGGGUGGCUUGAAGCCAUCUAAAUUAGACCACAGACCUAUGUGUAUGGGCCUCCUGGCUAUACCACCACUACCACUGCUAACCUCUUCUGAGCCUAGGGCCCAACCAAGUGUUUUGUGGAAGGAAAAUAAAAAUUCUCAGGUCUUGGCCAUACUAUGUCCUAAUGUGGAACCUGGGAGUAGAUAGGCACAUCCAAGCUAGCGAGUCAGUUGGUAGCCCUCUUACCACUCACUGCCUCCACUGACAUUGCUGAAGUAAGUUUUCGCCUCUGUAGCAGGCAGAUCGACAUGU